UUACAUCUCCUACUGGAUCUACUGGAUCUUGGGCUGCCAGGGCCCCUGCGCGGAACCAAGCGUUUUUUUUGCACCACGAGAUCAGGCUAUGGUUGGAAUACAUAUUACCCCUACUUCAUCCUGUGUGCUUGACUCGCUAUCCCCCUCAUCCCUCCCUCCUAUGCAAUCCCCCCCAGGCUUGCCUUAAUUAGGAUUAAGCGAUAUUGCCGGAUCGGCUCGGGUAUCGAAAUCCAUCUCUGGAGUCUUGACCGGAGAACACGAUACCCAACGCCGUCAUGGGGUCUUACAGUGCAUCGUCAUAUCAGAAUGGUUCGAGGGCCGCUGGUAGCUCCAGUUCCACUACCAGCGAUGUCUCGGAACGCUCGAAAAGCACGGCCCCUACGAUCUACAGCGAUCGACCCACCCCCAUACAGAGAGUCGGAAUGGACUUCUACGACGAAGAAGACCCUAAAGCCUCAGUAUCGACCUACACAUCCACCAUCCCAUCCGAUGAUGAACCCCCCGAGACUCCGCGCUACGAGGUAAUCGAUCGUAAGUUGGACAUUUUCUCAACCGACGUCAUUCCCUCCAACCCUUCGACCUUUGGGCAGCUAUUCCCCUCCUCUCGGCGGCUCCUGAUUCGGCACGACGAUGCGACCCUCGACGGGAACAUGAACCUCCGCAUCGACACGAUGGUGCCGCAGAGGGGUGGCUAUCAGCAAGACGUAACCUUGUUCCAUCUGCGCAUGUACGACCUGUUCUCGAGAAAGUUCUCCUUCCGACGCUACUGUCGCGACUCGGGGCGCGAGGUGUGCCACUCAGAAAGAAGACCUGUGGCAUCAAGUCUCGACAGGCAUCCGGUCUUUCGACGGUCGUGGAGUAGUGUGCUGGCUAGCUUGCGACCAGGAUCAAGUGGCCACGGAUCGUUGCCUGGCCACGAACAUAGGCGCCAGGACUCAGGGUACAAAUCGGUAGAGGAUGAUGACGAAUUUUUUGAUGACAAGCAUCUAGACCACAGGAGCGGUGGCGAUCGCCAAUUUGUGCUGACAGAUAACACGUUACUGGAGUUUUCCAAUUAUGCUCAUGUGGAGCUAAGGCGCCGAGGCGCCGGGCUCUCGAAGCGACAUGAGUUUGAAUAUUGGUCGACAAGGUACCAAUGGAGGCGUGAGUGUCGGAAAGAGGGGGACUUGCGAGAAGUUUCCUAUCAUCUGGUCAACACACGCACAUCCAAGACUAUCGCUCAUAUUGUGCCGGAGAUAUUGACCCCGAUGGAAGCGGCCGAGGAAGAGAAAAAGGGAGGAUGGAUUCCACCGUCAUCCAUGUGGAUCAGCGACCCGUCUGUGUAUGAGACGAUGCCUGACGUUGCCGAUGUGAUUGUGGCCACAGGCUUGACGUCCCUAGUUGAUGAUUGCAUCCGGCGCCGAUGGCACUCGAGGAAACAUUCCCAGUUCAUCCAGCCGGUGCGGUCAACCCUGUCAAAAAGCAUCGAGCUCAUGGGCCCCCGGCGGUUUCUUGAUGAAGUGUUACACCGACGAGGAUCCGCGUGAGAACGAUAGGCUGUGGAUGGAAGAUAACCGGAAGGGCAAAAGCGACACGGCGGCAACACGUCAUGCCAUCGUGGUGAGGGGGAAGACCGGUUUGCAACCGCCGGCGGUCCAUUGACAGGGGUCGCCAGCCGACCACU